UUCGAAAACAGACAAAAGAAAUGAUGCAUGCUACAUCCCUUCUAACUAACUACUGUACAAACGUGAUGAAGUUUUCCUUGAUGCAGGAGGAUGAUAUAUUGGAAGCUCUGAGAAAACCAAUGGUGGACGAUGAUGAAUUAUCAGAGUUCUAUCAUAGUAUCUCAUCUGUUGGACAUUCCUUCUCAAAACUGAAGAGCGAGAUACUGAAUGUUGAAAGUACUGAUAUGGGAUCCUUUGAAGACCUCCAAAACAACACUGAUGACACAACAAGUAUCCAAACAAGGAUGUCUAUUGAAACUGUAGCCAACCACAGCAUAGCAGAAACUGUUUCAACUACUAUCCAUGACAAAGUCAGCGAGUUACCUCCCAUAUCACAGAAGAGUAGUAGACCAAACAGCAUUAUUUACAUGUACUCUAAAUUGUAUGAUAACGAAUGGAGUGAUGCCUUGGACAUGCUUACACAGUCUGGAAAACGAUGGGCUAUGGACCUCGUUAUAAAACAUCUAUACAUAGUCAUAAAGGCUUGUUACAAAAUAUGUAAACAUAUAGAAGAGCAACAACUACAAGAUCUGAUUGACACAGUGUUUCUCUCAAAUAAUGGCAGAAGGCUCCCUUUAACAGAUAUUAAGGCAAUAAUGGAUUUACGUAGACGAAUAGCAGUUGAUACAGCCAUAAACAUCAGACAGAACAUACCAAAGAUGGACAAGUUUCAAUCAGAGCUGACCAAGUGUUCAUUUAAAAAGGACAAGUUACUUAAACAAAUAUACGAUACUCCUUUUUACGGUAAAUGUGUAUACUUAUGCUGGUGUAUGACCUUAGAGGAGCCCCCAUUGUGUUUAGACAAAGAACCACCGAAAGGAUCAGUCGUUGACAAAGAUUUAUAUAGAGAAUUUACCAAGGGAGGAAAAAGAAUUGAAUAUUGUGUAUGGCCACCAUUACUUCUUAAGGAGGAUGGCGAGAUUCUAGUAAAAGGAAUUGUACAAGUUCGUUGAGUAAAUGUACAUUCAGACGAGGGAAUACUACCAAAUAAAGCUAAUAAAAAAGUACAACGUUAUCCAUUAAAUGAUAUAGAUAGCCCCAUUUCCAAUUUGAAAGAUAACAUUUUUUUAAUUACAAAAAGAGGAACUACUUGAAGUCUUGUUGAAAUGCUUCCUGUAUGAUACAAGGCAGUGUAUUUUCUAUAAAUUCUUAGACUAGUUUAUUUCCUUCUUUGUUUCUCCCAAUUACUUCCAUUUGUGCUUUAUCUUUCAAUGAAAUUAUUUGAACCUCUGGUUAAUGAGAAGCAACAUACUUUACCAAUCUAUUUUG